AUGUUCGCGUGCGUCAAGCUCGCCGCUGGCUCCCCCGCAUUGAUGCGCCCUGGAUCAAGGAUCCUUUACAGACCAAUUUCUGCAUCGGUGUUGUCUAGGCCAGAAGUCAGGACUGGAGAGGGCAAUACAACUUUCAUUACAGGUUCUCAGAAUACUGGCAGUCAGCUAGCACUAAGGGAGUUUCAAACUAGUGCUCUCAACAGAGACAUUGAUACUGCUGCCAAAUUUAUUGGUGCAGGUGCUGCCACAGUAGGAGUGGCUGGUUCUGGUGCUGGUAUUGGAACAGUCUUUGGAAGUCUGAUCAUUGGUUAUGCCAGGAAUCCUUCUCUGAAACAGCAGCUAUUUUCCUAUGCUAUUUUGGGAUUUGCCCUGUCUGAAGCCAUGGGUCUCUUCUGUCUGAUGGUUGCUUUCUUAAUCCUGUUUGCCAUGUGA